AUGACGCUGGCGGCCAACGGUCAGCACCCAUCAGGACGAUCUCUCGCUGCGGGGCACCAGCAGCAGGUGGCGGAUAGUGCACUGGCGUGGAGUUCGACGCUGAUGUAUCCUUCGCGCUCAGCUUCCCUCAAUGAUAGCGAUACUUCAUCUACCAUGGCGUACCGCGCGCUGGCGGAGACUGUUCUUAAUUUGGAACAGCAACUGAAGGUGUGGCGGCGGCGCACAUGUCGUAAGUUGGAUGGCAUUGAAAGCCGUUUACGCCGUUGUGAAGCGGCCCUGCAGAUGCGUAUGGAUGCGGUGUCAGUUAUUGACAAACGCGUUGCUACUGCCGCUGCUGAUGUGCGAUUGAAAGGGAAAGCAAAGGCCGAAAGCAAGCAUGAUUCGAGGAGCGAGGCCCAACGCGUGGAGGCUACACUGUGCAAAUUUCGCGAGGUGGUGGCGGGGGGGUUCUGCAGCAAAAAGCUACAACAUAUUACCACUGCAGUAGAUGGGGCGGAAGAGGAGGAGGAGGAGGAGGUUCGUCACAGGUACCAGUUGCACAACAGGGCUGCUGCUGCUGCUGCCGCCGCUUGUGGCGAGAAGGAAGUGUCCGGUUGCUUCUCCCCUAUGCGGGGAAUAUCUUCCAGUGGCAGCACAACAGUUGUGGGUGGUGGCGGAAGAGGGGACGAUGUUCCCGGUCUUACCCCAGACUGCAAGAGCAGUCCGGCGGCAGAAGGAUGCCAUGCGAGUGGAGAGGUGCGUGAGUGGUGGAACUACCACCAGCAGCAGCAACAACUCCAACAGCAGCAGCAGCAAACACCACCACCACCUACACCGUCUUUCGCCACCAUUACACCGGCCAGUCACCAUGCGAGCCACAUAACUGGCAGUGCUUGUCACGAUUCUUCCUCUUCCUGUUCCUGCUGCUGCUGGGUGGGGUCUCCAUACGUGCAGGAGCCGCACAAGCCACCCACAGUCGCCCUGCAGGGCGUGAGGGCCGUGGGAGUACGGUCGCCACCAGACGUGCGCGCUCCCCGUACGGGUGUCACAGACACAAAGACGGCAACAGUAGCAGCCAAGGUGCUCCGCGGUGGCACGUCUCAGACACCGCCAGUUGAGCCGCCAUCAUUGCAGCGGAGACUCCUGUACUCACCCGAUGAGCAACUUGCAUUCUUGCAGCAGCGAGGCGUGUCGCCGGCGGUUGCACAGCCCACGGCCCGCAGUCCAUCGCCGUCCCCGAGAAUAGACGAGCUCGAGUCCCCGUCCGUUACAGAUUCACUGAAGAAUACGGGAGGACGCACGGAGCCCACGUUACGCUCGCCACUUCUGGUCAAUGACCGCGUGCAGGAGGACGCAUCGCUGCCGCCGAAAAAGAGUGGCGUAACAAGUAUGACGGUGCAUACUGGUGUGCCCUCCGCGCCUCCCCUCUACAUGUUGCCGCAGCAACUCUACGGAAGCGACGAGGAUGUAGCGGAUGCCCACUCAGACAUCAACACCGAGAAUGCUCAAGAAUGCGACAGGAGCAGUGGCAGCAGCGGUACUAAUGGUGAUGCAUUCGUUGUGGUUCCGCCAUCGACGCUCGCAGUUGGUAGCGUUUGGCAAAAGGCGGUUGCGUUGGCCCACGCUGAGCAGCAGAACGAGCAGCUGCAAAGGCCUCCUCAGCACAUUGCAUCAAUGUUGUCGUCGGCCAUGCUUGAUGUUUCGGAUUCGACAGCAUAG